AUGGAUGCAGACAAUUGUAGUAAUGCACUCAUUUUGUAUGAGGCUGCUAUAAGUGAAAUCGAACGACGUUUGAAUGAGGUAAAACGUGUUGAACAGUUGUCUACAGCAGUAAUUAAGCUGCGUUUAGGGUCCCUUCAGAAAGCAGCUGAUUCACUACAGACAGCCGCUUCUGAAUACUAUAUGGAGAUUAAGGGUCGUGAAUUAGUAAAUGCUAUAACGAGGACUAACGGUUACCUCUCUAGCGCGGACAACGAAAUCUCCAAACUCACCGAUCGGUUGGCAGCACCCACACCCGCGGCGUCCGCGCCCGCGCCCACACCUGUUAAUCCGACACCUGCGGUACCUGCUACCCCUGGUAUUCCACAACCUAAGUUGCCUCAAAUUACGAUGCCUACUUUUGAUGGCAAAAUUGAGCAAUGGUACCCUUUUUGGACUGUUUUUAAAGAAGUUAUUCAUGAUAGGCAGGACAUGAAUGAUGUCAUCAAGUUUACUGUGCUGACUAGUUAUCUUAAGGGUAAAGCACGCGAAACCGUUGAUGGUUUAGCUAUAACUCCAGCUAAUUAUACUGCAGCGAUAUUCCUACUGAAAACUCGUUUUUUCAACGUUGGGAAAUUAGAAGAGAACUUAAGAAAUCGGCUAUUAAGUUUACCGCACCCUAAGCAUGAUGCAGAGCAACUGAUGGAUUUCCUUAUGAAAUGGAAUAGCAUCGUUCAUCAGUUAGACGCUUUACCAGGUAUUACGAGCGGCGAUUCUAAUGAGAAAGCAAUUAUCAAGCGGUGUUUAUCCAAGGAAACAUUGCAAGCCUUGUCUAAGAGAUAUGAUACUUGUGAACUCAGUGUAGAUCAAUUGAGAAAGGGCAUUGAGAAAUUAAUUGAGCGUUUAGGUAGAAGUAAAAUCCAUAACCCUACGCCAUCACCGUCCAACCCAGUUAAGAGUAGCAAGGAUCGUAACACGAGUUCGAAAAACGAGCGUCAAGCUAAUUCGCCUAGUAGUGCUUCCAGAACUAAUGUUAAAAAUACCCCUAAGAAUAUAACUCUUUCAUGUUGUUUUUGUCAAGGCGAACACAGCGGUAAGGUCUGCACGAAAUACAAUACUUUAGAGACUAGAAGAGCUCGUAUUAAUGAAUUACAACUAUGCUUUGGUUGUUUAAGAAAGGGUCAUCGUUUAUUUGAAUAUAACAGUAAGAGUAAGACAUGUUGUUUUAACUGCAAUGGUAAACAUCAUACAUUCCUAUGUGCUAGACUAUUACCUAAUUCUACGAGCGUCAAUGUAAAUUCGUCUCAGCAACCUUCUAGCACCAAAUCAGGUCGUAGUAGAGUUGAUAAUAAGCCUAUAGAAACAGCUCAAGCGCAGCCUAGUUUCAGUACUAGCCAGAAAUCCGCGGCCACGAGUAAUCAGAGUAAUUCUCAGAAUAAUGUUAACAGUAAUCAAGUAACUGUGAAAAAUGUCGCAUCUCUUCGACCGACAGCGUUACCGACAGCCACCCUUCUGUUGAGUAAUGAUGGGAAUCGGAUCCCGGUUCGAGCAUUUUUAGACAGCGGAUCUCAAAGAACGUUCAUUAACCCAGAUGUGUUUGAGAAAAUUGAACUUAGUGCCCAUUAUGAAAGCAAGUGGAACUGA